CAAGUGCAAAUGGUAGCGCCGACAUGUAUGUGUUAUAUCGUGGACGCGGGGAGUUGAAAAUGAUACGUUUGCUGUCGCUAGUUUGACAAAAUGACCGUAGAAUCCGUGAAGAAUACGCUUUAUUUGUACAAUAUGUAAAAUAUAAACCCAAAUGUUACAACUUGUAGUAAAUUUCAAAGUCUAUGUCUACGGAAUUUGUUUAAAAGCAAAGGCAAGUGAGGAUCAGGUAGACAAGGACAUGAUAAAACAACGAAGAUAUUUGAUGCCGCCAUGUACAGCUGGUUACUCUAUGCAAUAAGUUCAAGGUCAUCAUCGAGUGACAUGUCCGAUACUGAUGACCGUGCAAAUUCACCAGCGGGUAGCGACGCCAGCGAUCCGGAGAGUUCCGACAGCGAUGCCACCACAGUGAGCUUUCCAUCCACCGCCAGCAUUGCGUCUUCCACAAGUGACAACUCGACAGCUAGUGAUGGAUCUACAGCAAGCGACGGCGCAGCCUCUACCGCGUCGCUUGGCUCAAUAAACUCUCACCUCGACCUUUUUUACGAGUCUGAGAGCGUGAGGGAGGAGUCUGAUGACCUAGACUACGAUAUUGAUAUCGAUGUUGAAGAAAUUGAAGUUGCCAGCGACAGUCCAUCACUCCCCCCGUCCCCAUUUCAAGUUCUCUCUGACGCUGAGCAGCUAGACGUCUCGAGCGUCGUCGAAGUGAGAACCGAACACGGAGAGAUGAUUGACGUCGAUGAAGGUUCAAAUGCUGCUGGUGAUGCGGCCCCGAUGUCAACUUCUCCGUCUGCAGAGCCCGCCAAUGAGGGCGCGGACGCCGAUGGAGAACGUACCAGAGCCCCUGAGCCACCGGCCGUGCUUGAGAGGAGUGCUAUAGAUGAUGACGGAACGACCUGCACAAUAUGCUUUGAGCCAUGGGCAAUAUCUGGAGAUCACAGGCUGGUAUCUCUCAAAUGUGGACACCUUUAUGGGCAAAGUUGUAUCGAAAAAUGGCUGAGAGGCCAGCCUUCUAAGUGUCCCCAAUGCAAUGCGUCUGCCAGGAAAAGCGACAUUCGUCACAUCUACGCGCAUAAACUCAAAGUGUUGGACACAACAGAACUUGACAGGGCAACGAAGCUGUUGAACUUGGAACGUGAGCGACACCAGCGUACUCAGUUAGAACUGACGAUUGUAAACCAGAGGUACACACUUCUCAAGGCAGAGCACGAGAAACUCAAGUCAGAGGUCAUGGACCUCAAGGACAUUCAGAGGAAGACCAGAUGUGAACCAAAACUUGGUGAAGGCAGUGGCUCCCUGGCCUCCCAGCUAUCACGUCAGUCGGGCGGAUUUUCUCUCAACCGCGUGCUCGAGCUGGGUACUCACACCUCAUGCCGCAACCUCGCUGCCUCACCGAUCUUAGGAAUGUUGGUCACGUCGCAGAGUCAGAGCAGCCUUUUCCGAGGCUAUGGAAUCAGAAAAAUAUCCACCAUGGACUUCAAAACCUCGGAAUUCAUACUGAUUCACCAUGGAGAAAUCAGGGACAUAGCAUUUCACAACCACGAUGCACUGGUGUUGAGUGCGUCGUUAGACAAAUCCGUCAAGCUAACUAGUGUCCUCACAAACACGGUUGUUCAAACAUACACACAAACUGUCGAGGCUUGGAGCUGCACCUGGGAUCAAGACAAUCCAAAUCGCUUCUAUGUUGGUCUGAAGAAUGGAACUGUGGCACUCUUUGACCUCCGGCAGACAGGUGGCGCAAUCUGCGUUCUUCCCAGAACAGGGCGUACACAGCCAGUGGUAGCCAUGCAGCACAUACCACAUGGGCCCUCACUUCCACAUGAAAGGUCUCCGUCCGGCCUCCUCAUCUCGCAGUUCCAGCUAUGCACUUUCUUCGAGAAGAAGCUCGGAGACGAAUUUCGGACGCAUCCUCUUCAGAUGGAAGGCAACUGUACCUCCGUGAGUUUCGAGCCCACAACACGGCAUCUACUUAUGAGCUGCAGGCCAUCGCCUAAGAUGCCUUGUGUCACGCACUCAAUCUGCAGCCUGUCGUUCCCUACGGACAGCGAGAGCGAUUUCUGUUCCUACAACACAGUUCAGGUGUUCCACGGAGGUGCAUCGCAAGUGCAGCUUUCCAGAUCUCGUCUGUGUGUUGACCCUGCCGACGUUUCCAACUUUUGGGUCUGUGCCGGAGAUGAGCAUCACAAGGCUGUUCUGAUAUGGGACGCAGCUUCGGGAAAGAAAGUUCAUCAAUUAAACUCUGAAAACGUUGUGCUCGACCUGUGUCCUAUUGAAGGAUCUCAAGGCUGGUGUUUGACAACUCUUACGAAAAACAAUCUCUCUGUGUAUGGAUGGAGACAAGGUCAUUGAACUUCCCUUUCUAUGCAGAGAUGUACAGUGUUCCUGCUUGCAGCCCAAGUUGAAGGUCAGUGCAAGGUCUGUGGACAUUUUAACCAUGCACAUAAAUGAAGAAUUGUGAAGGACGGGAACAGAUUAGCUCUGUGUGCGUGUGUGUACAAAAAUGUGUGACUGCCAAAAGAACUUCACCGAAUCAGCAGAGCAGCCUUACUCACAACCAUCUACAGGAGGACACGUACUGGGAAAUGUGUUUCAAUUCAUUUCAAAACUGUGCUUAAUGCCAAGUGAACUGUGCACUGCUGUUAGUUUGCUCUCAUCAAGCAUAAAGCGUACUGCAAAUGUUGAUUUUCGGGAACUUCAGAUGUUGCGGUUAAUUUAGGGAAGCACUUGCAAUCAUUCAGUGUGUGCGCUCAUGGCGUGGCAGUAUAAUUUCUGAAGUUAAAGUCGAGGUGCUAGUCUUACUGUACCAUAAGUAGCAUCAGCAGGCAUGUGUUUUGCAAUGAAGGGUUUUCAAGAGUAGCCAUAAAAAGAACGCGUUGCUGGUUUUGAUAAAACGAAAGAGAAGCUAGAAGCAGUUGCUGCUUACUAUUAUCUUUUUUUUAUUUUAUAUACAUAAAUAAUUAUUCUUCAUGAGCAUCAUUGUGUUUGAGGAAGUCAUUUGCAAAAAGUGUUGUAAUAUAGAUAUCACAAUCUCUCUGAAAUUCACUUUUUCUUCUUUUUUGUUUGAAGUGCACAAGGGUAUUCACAACACUUGCAGUGGUGUGUACCUGACACUGUAUUUAUUUGAAGGUGAAAAAGAAAAUGACACAGUUGUCAACUGCAUUUUA